CAUGCGGUAGAGCGUGCAUGCGCCCUGUCACCUGCGGCGCUCUUCGUGGAGGGACUGAAGGAUGCUGGCCUGCCCACUACUGAGUCAAUAUCAGCUCCUUCAAGCAGUUAUAACCUACUUAGUAACUGCCUGGGUGCUCUUAGAAGACACCAUCUCCCCAGAUCGCUGUGGGACUGCAGCCGGCCCAGCUUGGGGGCAAUGAUUUGAUAUACAUUCUUUCCAUAUCUUCUCUGUGGUCAUGCUGUUCUGUCAUCUGCAGCCGUAUGGCAUCACCAGAAGAAUAUUGGUGCUAAAGAGAUGAACGUAUGCUCUAACUGACUUUAACAAUUGGACCUCAUGAAUCAAAGGCCCUGAGUCUGAAGGCUGCCACAGCUCCCACCUAUUCACCAUGGACCAAGAUUAUGAAAGGCGUCUCCUUCGACAGAUCAACAUCCAGAAUGAAAACACAAUGCCUUGUGUUUCUGAGAUGAGACGAACUUUGACACCUUCCAAUUCUCCCAUGUCUUCUCCCAGCAAACAUGGAGACCGCUUUAUACCUUCUAGAGCUGGAGCCAACUGGAGCAUUAAUUUCCACAGAAUAAAUGAAAAUGAGAAAUCACCUAGUCAGAAUCGGAAAGCAAAAGAUGCCACUUCAGAUAAUGGCAAAGAUGGCCUAGCCUACUCUGCCUUGUUAAAGAAUGAGCUGCUAGGAGCUGGGAUUGAGAAAGUCCAGGAUCCUCAAACAGAGGACCGAAGGCUGCAGCCCUCCACACCAGAGAAAAAGAGCCUCUUCACAUACUCCCUGAGCACCAAGCGUUCAAGUCCUGAUGAUGGCAAUGAAGUCUCUCCAUAUUCUUUGUCCCCAGUCAGCAACAAAAGCCAGAAGUUAUUAAGAUCUCCACGGAAACCUACCAGAAAAAUUUCCAAAAUCCCUUUCAAAGUCCUUGAUGCCCCUGAGCUCCAAGAUGACUUCUACCUGAAUCUGGUAGACUGGUCUUCCCUCAAUGUCCUAAGUGUUGGCCUGGGCACUUGUGUUUAUCUAUGGAGUGCAUGUACCAGCCAGGUAACCAGGCUAUGUGAUCUGUCUGUGGAAGGAGAUUCCGUGACUUCUGUGGGCUGGUCUGAACGGGGGAACUUGGUAGCAGUUGGCACACACAAAGGCUUUGUACAGAUCUGGGAUGCAGCAGCAGGGAAGAAACUGUCCAUGCUGGAAGGACACACAGCCAGAGUUGGUGCGUUGGCCUGGAAUGCAGACCAGCUUUCUUCUGGAAGCAGAGAUAGAAUGAUUCUCCAGAGAGAUAUCCGAACACCCCCAGUGCAGACUGAACGGCGGCUGCAAGGUCACCGGCAGGAGGUGUGUGGGCUAAAGUGGUCCACUGAUCACCAGCUUCUUGCAUCAGGUGGAAAUGAUAAUAAGCUUCUGGUCUGGAACCACUCCAGUUUAAGUCCUGUCCAACAGUACACCGAGCAUCUAGCAGCUGUGAAAGCAAUCGCCUGGUCUCCCCACCAGCAUGGCUUAUUGGCAUCAGGUGGCGGAACAGCUGACCGCUGCAUCCGCUUCUGGAACACACUUACAGGACAGCCUCUGCAGUGUAUUGAUACUGGUUCUCAAGUGUGCAACCUGGCCUGGUCCAAACACGCCAAUGAACUAGUGAGCACACAUGGAUACUCACAAAACCAGAUCCUCGUCUGGAAAUACCCUUCCUUGACACAAGUAGCCAAACUGACAGGACAUUCGUACCGAGUUUUAUAUCUGGCAAUGUCUCCUGAUGGAGAGGCCAUAGUUACAGGUGCUGGAGAUGAAACUCUGAGAUUUUGGAAUGUUUUUAGCAAAACACGUUCAACAAAGUGUUCUCCAUUGAGAGUGUUGCUUCUGUUUCUGUUUGCCUUCAUCUUCACCCAGAUGUUUUCUACCAUGCUUCCCCAUUCUGAUUCCUCAGUUUCCUCAUGAAUCUGUAUCUGUCCUAAAUCUCUUUACUAGAAUCCGGUAACUCCCCAAGCCCACACACCAGGACCACACUACGUUGUAUAGGGAAAAACCACUAAUCAACAUGCAUGGAACCCCAGUUAUCAUCUGGAAGAUAAACGGGGUAGGGCGGGUAGGUGGACCUGGAGAAACCUUCAAGAUUCUUAUUAAAUACCUGAUUGUGAACUCUGUUGAACAGUAUUUGGGAAGGGGACAAGACUGGGGAGAACUACUCAGAUUUGAGGAGGAGCCCAUUCUUCACGAAGGGCAAACAGAAGAGAACCAAAAUGGGCAGCAUCUCCAUUUCACACACCAGACAGAAUUGGUGUGGCCAGGACCAGCUCAGCUUGAGAACAAGGUUACCUCUUCGGCUCCAUCAUCUCUGGGAAGGGACGAAUGAACUUCCUUUUUUGUCAUUGGUGUAGUCUGGGGGAAAUGGGGACUGGGGGUCAGGGGAAACGUCAGGCUGCAUGUGACCUUAAAGUCAUGGCAGCUCCAUACCCCUCUGUUUAAAUGGGCUGCUUUAGAAGCCAAGGCCCUUUGGAGCCAAACUUUCUCAUGUAUAAUGGGAUGGGAGUUAAGAAACAGUGACCUUUCAAGGGAUUCACAGCUGGGAUUUCGGAUUUCCAGCCCCCAGAAGGUGCCAAAGCUAGGAGUGACCAUCCAGAAAGAGAGUGAAAUGCCGUACUAUGUGUUCUCCAGUGCAUGCCACACACUCUUAACUGUAAGGCCAAACAGCUCUACUGUACUUCAGUGUGAUGAUUUGUGCAGGUGGGACAGCUUAUACUGGCAGAUUGAACCCCCCAGCUUAACACAGAAUGGUGACAUCCAGCACUUAAAUGGUUCAGGGUUUAACAACCACGAAGGCCUCCCUGGAGACAGCAGAAAAAAGGAUUUCAUUGCAGCUCAAUUAAAAUGGCUUUUUAAGGAAACAAUAUCAUUGAGAAUGUGACCCAUUCAAACCUCAUCUCUCUGUCUUAGCCUUAUGGGAAGAAAUGACCAGUGUGUGAAAGUUCUAGCAGUACCAAGGAAUGUUUGGGCUACCCUGUCUACUGCCACGUAGGUCAUAGCACCACGUGGGUCAUAAAAAAGGGUGGGGGGUUGGUUGGUUUUGUUUUUUGGUUUGUUUUUUGGUUUUUUUUUAAGGAUGAGGUGAUAUUGGGUUGGAUUUGCUAUCAAAGAAAACAAGUUAUUUCAAAUUGUCAUUCUUUUGAAUGGAAAAAGAAAGGGGCAUCAUGUGUUUAUGAAUCUGGACACCAGCUUUUUUUUUUAUCUUUAUUAGAUCAAAGCUUUUCAGAGUGAAAUCUUAAUUCUUUUGUUUCCUACUGGACAAGUGGGGUUCUUUGUGCUUUGAGUGGUACAGUGUAGGGAACCUUGGAAGGGCAGUUUCUGUGGCUUUUUGCUUAAAGAAAACAUUGCUUCCGCUCCCUGCAGUCCUUUACUCCUAUCUCUGUGCUAAUCCUCAAUCCUACUGUACAUUUUGCCUUCAUCCCUGUUCCCUUUCCCCACUGUAACUGGAUGUCAGUCUGUUCUGUCUCUUUGUUUUCCUCGUUUUGCUUUUUCCUUUCAGUAGUAUUCUACCCAACCAUGUGGAACGUGUGAGUUCUGAGUAAAGAGGUCAGUCAGGGAUUAAUAACUCCUGCAUAAUAACCCCAUUGAAGAGCAGUCUCCUUAAGAAAGAAUUGGACAAUUUGGACCUGACAAAUUGUAGUUAAUGUGUGUUCCUUAGAGCUUUAGGCAAGAAGAUCCUUGAAACCCAGUGCCUGGCUCUUCCUCCACCCUUGACCCUUUUGACAGUUCUUUGGCCAACCUAGGUGUGCCUAUUGUAGCCUAUAAGAGCUGUUGAAGCCAAACUACCAUUUGAGCCUUUCAGUCUUUUGCCUUCCCCUUCCGUGCCCUCGCAUAUCUACCUUUUAAGCUGGAAUGACAUGGCCUAGGCUUCUGUGACUCAUGUAGAAAUUAGCAGCCUGUCACAGCAGUUCCUACCUCAGAGGUUUAAGCCAGUGAGGGCCUGGUCUUGGAGUAGGAAAGAGCACUGAGCCUGGGUGGUGAGAUGUUGGGGAAAGGCAACUGAUUGAAGUUCCAGGAAAGACUCAAUGCCUUUCGUGCUGGUCACGUAUGUGUAUGUGUGAGGAACAUCCCCAUACCUGCCCUGAAUUGCAGGGUACUUUGAAAACCCCAGGUUGAAAAAGAUGAAACAAGAAAGCCACCCAUUCCUUUGGGGGGUCCACAUGCUCCACUACCCAGCCGUGCCAUUGGAAAGAUUGUGACAGGGCAACUGUAAACAUUAUGAAGUAGAGCAGUGAGCUGGUAGGAGACAAGACUGAGGCAGAGAAAAAGAGGGGUCUUGCCAACAAGCCAAGGUUUUCUUGGCUUCCUAACUUGAAAGUCAAUCCCUGAUGCCUUAGGUUACAGUUGAAAUGCCCAACCAGGCCUCACCUUUCUCUUAGGUCUACACUGUAGUUUUUUCUAAGCUAAAAAGAGAAUAUUCAAAGCAUAGGUGAGAAUUUUAUUUGGAUUUAUUGGAAAACUCUGCUUUUUGAAAUAAUGUUUCCUUUGCUCUGUGAUUUUCCUUGAGCGCUCCCAUAUGUCUGUGUGUGUGUGUGUGUGUGUGUGUGUGUGCGCGUGCGUGUAUGUAUUUGUUUGUGGUGGGGGUUUUUUUUGUUUGUUUCAUGUGUUGAAAAUCAGCUCAUGAUUUUCAUAAAACUCAGCCUCAGAAAAGCAUGAGGAGGAUAGUAAAGGGGAAUAACCA